AGAGAGUUGAAUCUGCAAGCAGAGAAGAUCAAACAGGUGUGCUAGUAUCUUUUCUUUUACUCAUCUCAUAUUCAUACAUUCUUAUAAAUCAACCCAUACAUAAUUUGAUUUAACCUUUUUUAUAACAUGAGUUCGGAGUCGGGGGGAGAGGAAACUCCCCCUCGUGUCAAAAAAAAAAUGAUGGAAGAGUCAAACAUUUUCAAUUUGAAUAACGACGGAGAUAGCGAAGACUUUGAGGUAGAAAGUAUUUUCAACUCUCAGUCCCUUGCUGAUAACGUUAAUAUGUUUAAUAUUCAGGAAAAUAGAAAUUUGCAUUCUUUGACUGAAAAAACUUUAAAUACAAAUUUAACAAAAACUCAAGAACAUGAAAAAGAUACACUUUUUUAUAAAGAAGGUUCCUUGGGACCUUUCACAGUUAUAAUUGAAGCAACUGAAGAGUCAGGAAAUUAUAUUGGAAGACUUAAUCAGUUAAAGAUAGCAAAAGAGGUUUUUGAUUUGAAAUUAUCGCAUAUUAGCAAAAUUACCAAUAGAGGUAGAAAUAGAAUUGGAGUGGAAUUCAAUAGGAGAAUUGAGGCAAAUAAUUUUAUCAACAAUAAUGAUCUUACAAAGAAAGGGUACAAAGUAUAUAUACCAUUUAAUAAAAUAACUUGUAAAGGUAUUGUAAGGGGAAUACACAAUCACUUUACGGAAGAUGAAAUCAAACAUCUGAUUAAAAGUCAAUUCAAAGUACUACAG